AUGGGACUAAGUGAUAUCAGAUGGAUAGGCAAAGGUAAACAUCAACUAGAUAAUAACUACACCAUGUUUUACUCUGGUUCUGACGAUAGCUCCAACAAGUAUGGAGUGGGAGUAAUCAUAAACACAAAAUACGUUAAUACGCCUGUGAACUUAGUACCAAAAUCAAACCGAACCAUGUUACUUCGACCGAGAAAUAUUAACAUCAUACAAGUGUAUGCUCUCUCUACAGAUGGGUCGGAUCAAGAAGUUCCAGUCUUUUAUAAGGAAAUAGAAGACCUGCUCCAAAUGACAAAAAAUCACGAAAUAAAUCUAGUGAUUGGCGAUUUUAAUGCUAAAGUGGGGAAAGGAGAAGUACCAAGAGUAGCCGGGAAGUUCGGGCUUGGGGCAAGGAAUGAGAGAGGUGAUUCCCUUGUACAAUUCUGCCAAGAGUGUGAUUUUGCUAUCAUCAACACUUAUUUUCAAUUACCACCAAAGAGGUUAUACACAUGGACGUCACCUAAGCAUACCCCUCAGCAAAUUGUAAGAAAUCAGAUAGAUUACAUUAUAAUAAAUAAUCGCUUUCGUAAUUGCAUCAAAAGUGCUAAGACCUAUCCUGGGGCUGAUAUAAGAUCAGACUAA